CUAUAUAGGCGGCCCUGGUUAGCUUAUGGAGAUGUUGGUGGGGAACCUGCUGCCGAAGUUGUUCAUAUAGCAGCUGCAUGCUGGGUGUUCCAUUAUGCUAAGAGGAUUCUGGAAACCUUGUUUAUUCACAGGUUCUCAAAUGCAACAAUGCCGAUCACCAACCUUCUCAAGAACUGCAGUUACUAUUGGGGGUUUGCUGCGUAUGUUGCGUAUCAUAUUAACCACUCUCUGUACACCCCACCCUCUACUAACCAGGUACAGUGGUUCUCUAUCUGUGAGAUGGGAAACUUCUCAAUUCAUCUUCUUCUCAGAAACCUCAGACCUGAAGGAAGCAAGGUUCGAAAGAUCCCGUAUCCUAAUUGGAAUCCUCUCACCUCUCUCUUCAACUUUGUUUCAUGUCCUAACUAUACUUACGAGAUUGGAGCUUGGAUUAGUUUUACUGUGAUGACCCAGUGUUUACCAGCUGGAAUAUUUACUGUUGCAGGAGCCUACCAGAUGAUCAUGUGGGCGCUUGGAAAGCACAGGAACUACCGAGCAGAGUUCAAGGAUUAUCCCAGACGGAAAUCCAUUUUUCCCGGCAUUCUAUAAACAGCUGAUUCGGUUCACGAUCAGCUGAUCUUUCAUAAUAUCAGCUGACUGCAAUCUAUUCAGCGGAUUAUUCGUAAAACAAGCUGAUACUUAAAUGUUGUAUGUUGUGCAUUAAAUGUGUUUCCUAUCAGCUCACUUUUUAUGCAAAAGCUGAUACUAAGUAUGAACUUAUCGUUGAAUCAGCUAAUUAUAUUGAUAGCAGCUGAUAUUUUCUUUUUCAUCCGUGGUUGUUAAUCUUAGUAGA